AUGGCAAAUAAAAAUAAAAAUAUUUACAAAAAAGGGAAAGUUUAUUCUUCCAAUCCUUUUUCUAAAAUAAUUGAAAUGACAAAAGGAAAAGAGGAAAUUGAAAAGGAAAUGUUACCACAGGAGCAAAAGGAUUUGGUUAAUUCUUUGACAAUUGAAUUAGACAAAAUAUUAUAUAAAAAUUUUGAAGAAGAAGAAGAGAAUGAUGAAAAGGAAGAAGAGAAAAAUAAUAUUAAGGAAGUGAAGAAUGUUGAAAAUAAAUUGGAAGCAUCACUUCCAAAAGGGUUAAAAUUAAAUGAUUUGGAAAAUAUUAAAAUAAUUGCUAAAUUUAUGAAUAAAUUAACUCUUUCUGAACAGCGAAGAGUUAACUUUCCCAAAGCAAUAGAACUUUUAGUUGCUUUACAUGAAAGUGAUAGAAUUAUUGAAAAUAAAAAUAAAAUAUGUGAUAAUAAAAAUUUAAUUUAUUUGAAAAAAGAUGCAGGGCAAAUAGAGGAAAUUGAGGAAUAUUUGCGUGAUAUUGUUAAUAUUCAAAAGGCAAAAUUUUUUAUAAAUUUAAGGAAGGUGUUAUUUUAUUAGCCUUCCUCAUUCCCUUAGCUUCUUCUACGUCUCUUACUAAAUACAUAAAUUUAAUAUACAAGGUCAAAACAUUAUGAUAAAUACAAGGGCAAACAUUAUGA